AGCAACACUGUAGUCCAAGUUCGAACGCCAGAUAUAGUGUUAGAACUUGAUGAAAUAGCCAUAUGACUGCAAAAGGAGAAAAUGGUGUAAAAACGUCACACAAAACAGACAUAUGGCGCUCCAACAACACUUGCAUGAUCUGCCAGGAUUCCUGUCCAUCUCGCGAAGACAAAGAUAAACAUGAGAGUCAAACAAAACAUAAAAAGAAACUUCUUGUGUAUGAGUUUUUUGCCAAGGAAAUUCCAAAAUUUGGGCCAUUCAGUGGUUCAUCUGUACUGCUCAAAAGAUACACUGCUUGUGGUGAACGAGUUGUCGGUCUGGAAUGUGUCCACGAACUUCACUUUUCCUUCACCGUGCAGCCUUGGUGGGCAUGUUCUAUAUGCUAUGAGUCCGGAGCGCUAAUGGAGCAAGCUGAUGCUCACCUUACGUCUAUGAGUCAUAUCACUACAUAUCUGGAUGAGUUUCACUCGUCCAAGAUUGCCUCCUUGCAUAUGGAUGGAGAUAGGCUUGAAGUGUUCAAGGAAAUAAGACGACUUUGUGACGUAAUCAUUGAAGAGCAGGGAGGAGAGCUCCUACCUCCAGAAUGUCUGGUCAUGGAUGCUGGCAUAGUUGAAAAGGAAGCUAUGGCUAAACUUGCCAUAGAUUCUGAACGAUUGAAACCGUCGUAUAGAUUGCACACAGAUUGUUUGGACGAGGCUCAUCCACGUAAAAUUCUACAGUGCACGACAUGUCACCAGUUGGUCGCAGUGAACGACGAGCUCUUGAAGAGAAUUUGGAACACCCACGAACUUUCGCCUGCUCAUCGACACGCGGCUGCUAUAGAACAGUUUUUGGAGCAAUUCGACGUUGAAUACGUUUUGGAUGUCGACGUUCCUGAAGCUAAAUCAAACUUGUCUGUUGAAUGGAAAAAUGUGGAUGGGUGCAGUUAUGGACCAGUCUGCGGCAUAAAAUUCCUCGUCUCCUUCAACAAGCAUAGCUUCUGCCAGCUCUGUUGCUGUGAAGUUGAGUCAAUUGAGCGACAUUUUUCUAGUGAAAAUCAUAUCAUGCAGUACCUGACAAUAGCCAAUCCCGUGGAAAUGUUUCGAGUCUCGCAAUUUCCAAAAGAGUCGCGGAUGGCAAGGGUUCUCGAGCUGCUUAAAAGUCCGAAAUUUGCUUUUGGAAACGAGCAAAGCCGAAAAGUUCACAUCGAUUGGUUUCCAAAGGAUAUGAAGAUACUUUUGAAACCGGAAUCACACGAGUUUCCGAGUUUGAUGCCUCCACUGACUCCGCUCGGCAUCGACUCUUCUUGCUUAUUUUGCACGGUCUGUUGGCUAGCAGUCUGCGUUAAAAAGGAUGCCGAAAAGGAUUGCGAAAGUUAUUGGAAUGCACAUUGCGUAGAACCAUCACAUUUCGACUUUGCCGUCAGAAGAGCUGUUUUUGGUUUCCAUGAUGAGUGCUUUGUCCCUAUGUCUACAAGUAUUCCCAAAGCCCCAUGGAAUUUGCAUGGGAGUUGGAAGGCAAUCAAGGAAGAUGACGAUGAAUUCUAUAUCCAGACACAGAGUGACGUUGGUCUUGAGUUCGUGGUUGAUGAUCAAGAGAAUCUAGAGGUUGUAUGUACGUUGUGCGCUCGGUGGUAUCCUCGCGGUAUGCAUGAAAAGAUCAAUAAUCAUAUCCGCUCGUUCCAGCAUCUCAGCCACUAUUUGCAUGCCACCAAUCGCAAUCUACUUUCUAUGGUAAUGGUGCAGAAGACUGAAGCUGCUAGUAGGGAGCUAGCUCUUGAAUGGCUGAAACGUUCAAUUCACCAUGACAUGGAUGAAAUGCGAGUUUACUCACCGGAAAUGGCGCAGAAAAUGAAGCACUGGGGCACGAUACCGAUGAGGAAGGUUGAUGUUACCGGUUACGACUCUGCUCAUCGUCCUUUAGUCGAAUGUAUCUUGGAUAUAGUAGACACAGUGGCUGAUGAUGGCGCCGAGCUGACAGAGAUGCCAAUCAAAGAUGCUUUGAAUGCAUCGGGAGUAAAAGUUCAUGCGUUAAAGGAACGUAAUGGCGCAGUCGAAAGGAUCCUUUGCCGGUGCACGCAGUGCGAAAUGGCAUUUUCAACAACGGUGGAGGGUCUCGUUGAGAACGUAUGGGAUCGCCACUUAUCCUCAGAUCAGCACUUUGGGCGACUGAAAGCUUUUAUGAACACUAAACUUGAUAUGCUUGGAUUCUCUGAGAGCACAUCCUCCUACACUGUGAAACCGUUCAAACAACAGGACCCUUCGAGGAAGGUAACAUGGCAAUGGAAUGCAAAGGACAAAGCGCACGAGUUCGUUUUGAAUGUGGUCGGUCUGGAAGAUCUUGUAGAACGACGCAGCAAUGAGGCGUCGGGUGCUCACCCGCCAGACUUUUUCUGUCGCCUAUGUGCUGUCGUGAUUCCGCGUAGAUCUGCUGCGCUCGAAGCUCAUGUUCGCUCUGCGCAGCAUAUCUUAUGCUAUGUGCACAAAUAUCAUCCCCUUACUAUCAUGGAGCUUGACUCGCUUCCUAAAGAAGGCGGAAAGGAGAUGAGAAAAAUCCUUGCACAACUUUUGAAAGACCAUCAACUAAAAGAUCAGUACUGCAUUCCCAUCUACGAUCCCAUCGGCGAACAAGAACGAAAAGGAAUUGUGGCUAUGCAGAGAGCAAAAGAGGAAGAGCGUCAAAGGAAUAUUGCUGAAGCGCGGCAGAAAGCUCAGGAGCUGAGAAAGAAAAAAGACGAAGAACGCAGAAAACAGCGUGAGCUCGAGUUAGAGCAAGAAAAGCAGAGAAUGGCUGAGCGUGCUCGCAAAGAAAAGGAGGCGAGAGAGCGUGCAAAACGUCUAGAAGAAGAGAAAGCGCAUGUCAAGAAAUUGUUGCUUGAAGCAGCGCGUAAAGCCGAAGAGGAAAGAAAAGCGAAAGAAGCGAAAGAACAAGCCAAAGAAGAGGCAGAUCGCCAGAAGCGGCAAGAGCAGCUACGGUCGCUCUUGGAUCGCGAGAAGGCUAGGCUUAGAGCUCUUCAGGAGAAGGAAGCGGCGCAGCGUCGUCUUUUGGUGGAGAAACAAGAGCUGGAGAAGAAAAUGCGGGAACUGCAAGAGCAGCGAGCUAGCAGUCAAGGGAGACCUCCGAAUAUGCAUCAACCUCCUCUAAUGACUGCACCUCUUUAUCCGGAACCGCAGUUAGUACAUCCGAACAUGAAACCUCCGUCAAACUUUGGUGGUCCCCCGCAAGAAACAUAUCGACAGCCUUUGCUCGGCCAAGCUCCACCAAUGGCGCAGAAUGGAUCAGGCUUCGCUGUUCCACAUCCACCAGUUUCUUUCGCGGUCGGGACGUCAAUUCCUCCACCAAGGGAACCGCCGAAACCUUUAUUUCCAAAAUUUGUUCCCAUUGGCGAACGAGUUCCCGUUUACAAUGGACCGGAGGAUACAGAGAAACCUUCACGAAUCAAGCCAGCUUCUCCUGUGAAUGUUCGCCCAUCGCUUGCUGAAAGAAGAGUCGAUCCAUACAUAUCGAAUGCGAAGAUUAUACAGACAAGGGAUCAGCUCGUCGACUUCAUUUGGAGACAGGGUGCAGAGCGAAUACCACCUAAUGAGUUACCUGUGCAGUUCAAUGAGAAAGCGGCUGGAAUCGAAGGUGCUCUUGGUGUGGAUUGCUUGUAUGAGGUUGUCUGUGCGGAUUGUUCCGACUUGGAUACAUUUUACUGCUCCAUGUGCGGUGUUUGGACAACGCCGAGCGAAAUGUUCAAGCACUUGGAGACAGUGGGACACAAGCUCGCUUUUUUGUUCCGGAAUUACAAGAUGUAUCAUAAGACCGUUGUAUCAGAGUCAAACGCUCUUGUACGAGAAGCCAUGCUUUCCCAGUUUGCUAUUCAGAUCUGGAAGAUGGAAAAACCGCCUGGACAAGUGUGUAACCGUCUCCGUUCUCUGCUGGACCGUGCAACGAUCGAACGUAUCUGGCCUGAGCAUGUUCUGGUUCUGGAUCACUCUUGGAAAGGAAACGGAAAAACUGUCGGCCGAGUAGAGGUGCCUCCACCUAUCUCAAAAGAAGCCUGGAGUUUUGUGAGUGAUGAAGCUAGCGCAGAGGAUAGAGAAGAAAAAGAAACGGAAAAGAAACACAAAGAGGAUAAGAAGAGCAUCAAAAAAGAGGGUCACGACAAAGGCGACUCUCAGUCUAAGCGAAAGGAUACAAAGGAUAAGAAGAGUUCGAGCGAUGCAGGAAAGCCACCACCUUCACCCGCAAAAGAGGCACGCAAAAGCGAGAAAACAGAAUCCCCUGCCCGAAAACGACGACGCUCCAAAAGUCCUGAAAAACAUGGUCGUACAACUGAUCGUUCUCGUGCACGUAGUUCCAGUCGUUCAAAGCGCACUCACCAUCGUAGGUCCUCUAAGGAAACUAACAAGCGCAGUCGAAGUCGUUCGCGUUCUCGAUCGCGCAGAACUCGUAAGCGCAGCAAGAGCAGGAGUUCGUCACGUGGGCAUGGGCACAAGAAAGAUAGCGAUAAGAAAUUGUCUUGGGAAGAAACAGCAGCAGCUUUCUUAGCAAAACUUGGCGACCCGAAGGCUGCUGCUAAGGUGUUGGUAUCCACAGCAAAACAGGUCCCAGCUUCGGAAAAGGUCACAUCUAAAUCAUUUGUCGACGAGAAGAUCAAGCAGCUUAGGAACUUGGCAGCUCCUGUACCAUCAACUUCAAAGAAAUCUGAAACUCACUUGCAGACGGAAUCUGAUGAAAAAGCACAAAUGCGUAAGUUAUUGGGUGUACUCAUAACGAUGCAGCAGGAAGCGGAGAAGAGUGGGAACUUGGACGAUUCAGUGAUUGACAAGUUGUACCGGGAAGUGGGUUUGAAAAAGUCUAACCAGACAACAAGCGACCAGUUGCUGGCACAAAUCUGCGCAGAAAUCAUGCAAGGAAGUCAGUCUACGAGUAAACCUGCCAUAGACUUGCAGUCGUUUGGCAUUAGCACUCAACCUGCACAACCAACAUCUUCAGCUUAUGGUGGAGGGUUGCAGUCACAAGCGCUGCCGCAGUCAAAUCAGCAGUCUACUAUACAGAUGUUACUGUCUGAAGUGAAGCGAUCUCUAGGCAAUCUGCAGCCGGCGAGAGCACAGUCGCCACUCAUCAAAUCUCCUCCUUUCGUUAUUACGAAUAGAGAUGACGUAUUCCCGAAUAAUGAAACUAUUUCGUACGUUUUCCCGGGCACAGACUCGAAGGAGCUUAGGCAUGAUUCUGACGUGGGUGCAUCGCGACCGGAGGAGAAUCUUUCCAAGAAGGAAAAGGCAGCUUUGCGGAAGAAAAAGUUGUUAGAGGAAGCGGAAAGACUGAGGAGACAAGCUGAAGAAGAGGACGGCGAUGACGAUGAUGAUUGGGACUGUCUAGCGGAAGUUAUUAACAGGCCCCCUGAAGUGAUUAGAGAAGACACUUCCAAGAACCAUGCUCAGAAAACUCAUGAAUCGCCAGUAGAGCAGCGGCCAGACGAGUGGUCUAGAGAUCCGAUUCGUCAAUCCCGUAGAUCACGUAAGACAGCAAUCGAAAGAGAAAGAUCUCAAGAUCGCCGAAGUGAUGAAAAGGACAAUGGAGAUCGGGCAGCGUAUAGUGGCGAAAGAGUCCGAAGAUCACGUGAAGAAGAGACCUCAAAAAUCGGUGAUAAGAGAACCACACAAGAUGAUGAACUCCUUGAUCCUCGCCAGAGAAUGCCACUACGUAGGACCAUUCUUCCUGAUGGAAGUGCUGCGGAAAGUAAGAAAAAGGAAGAAAAACCCGCCAAAGAGCAGAAGAAGAAGGUGGAACGACUUCCGUGGGAUCAUGCAAAAGUAGGAAAUCCUAUGCACUGGCCACAGCCGGUACCGCAGCCGCUGCUAGGACUGAAUUUGGAACCACCUCGUCGAGAUGAUUCGCCGCGCAGGGAAGAACCAUCACCUCAGGUAGUACGACAACCAUCUCCACAUAACUUCCCCGUAGCUAAUCAGCCAGUUUAUCCCGCAAUGGGUGGUAAUGUCUAUCCUAAUCAGUAUCCUCCUGUUUACGCGCAGCAGCAGCAACUCCCUUAUCACAAUCCUCCGUUCUAUCCGGAGCCACAAAUUAUGGGUCAACCACCGAUGGUUUACGGUGCACCUCCUAUGCAACCGCAGUAUUUUGAUCAGCAACCAUAUUAUUAUUGA